AUGGCAGAGUUAGAAGAGAAAGUUAUAAUGACUCCAAAGAGUAAAACACCCACAUCUACUGUACUAAUAGUGGAAAGAAAAGUUGCUGAAGCUGAACCAAGUGAUAAGAUACAUGUAGCUGGAGGUGAUCAUACAGGAAUAAUAAUAAACAAGGAAAAAAUCUAUGAAAAUGGUGUAACAGAACCCUGUCAUGCCCAACUAGAGUUUUGUGUAUACUUAGUAUCAGCUGUGACUGGUAAUCAUACACGAGAGGCAAGAGGUCUAAGGUUUUGGUUCAAACCUGAAGUAUCUCGAGAUGAAUGUCCCUAUCAGGCUCAAGCGUUUUUCCGUGAACUUGUUAGCCCUCAAGAUUUUCCUAAAGAUUAUGUUGGUUUUAUUAAGAAAAUAAUAAAAUUGAUGCAGAAUAAAUAUCAUCAACUAAAACUUUUGGAAGUUGAAUUGAGGCAAGAAGGUAGUGGUCCACCACCCCCUGAAGCAAAUGGUGUAAUAUCGAGUAAGGCAAUUAUAUACAAGUAUUAUAAUGGUUCGUUCAUGGAAGAAAGUAUGGUGAAUCAAACGUAUAUAUCGGAGCAGAAGGUAUUAGAUAUGAUAGAGAAUGCUUACCCUAACCCACUCUCCGUUGAAGACUUUGUUACUGCUGGAAAAUGGUCAAAGGCUGAUGUUAAGGAUGCUUUAGAGUCCUUAGAAGAAAAAGGGUUGACACGUCUGAUGUCCGAUGGCGUGUACGUACGGCAGCAUAGUAUUGAUACCCAAGUGGUAAAGCAAAUGCCUACUUUGUGUUCUUCAAGACAGCCGACAAUAGCUGUAGUGACAGCAUUGUACUGUGAAAAGCAAGCCGUCGACGCCAUGAUGGAUAAUCAAGAAACAUACGUCCGAUAUACCACAGUCGGUAGCGUGUUCGAUUCCCAAUACGGUCACAUUUCUUAUGUAGCUAGAUACAAAAUAGAUUUUUCUGUUAGAUUA